UGUCAAUUUUUUAUUUCAAAUGUCAAUUGAAUUUGUCAUCAGUAUUUCUUGAAAACACGCACUUCUUUUUUCAUUAUAUUGUGUUUUCCAAGAGCUAAUUUAACAAACAGCUAUGAGUGCCACAACAGAAGAAUCGACAUCAGCACCUAAAGAGAUGACUUUCGCUGAGAAACAGGCUGAACGCAUGAAGAGGCUGAGAUCUUUGCACACAGCCAGAAACGAAGCAAGGACGCACAACCAUCAGGAGGUAGUCGCUGAAGAGGCCAGGAAUAAAUUACCACCUAACUACGAAGCGAAAAAGCGACAAGCUGAAUGGCUGCUCGACGACCAAGCAAAACGCGAGGAGGCGGAGAAAUCUGGUAAAGAUUACGACAGAGUGAAAUUACUCAACAUAUCAGCAGCAGAGGCUGAACGAUUGGAACGUAAGAAGAAGAAAAAGAACCCUGACGAAGGUUUCUCAACUUACGAACAAGCUACCAUUAGACAGUACAAUAGAUUAGUCAAAAACAUGCCACCAACAGAUAUGGAACAAUAUGAGAAACAGAAACAAAAGUAUGGCGAUGCUUUCUAUGGUGGGCCUAAUGUCAUUAUUCAUGGUAUGCAUGAGGACAGAAGAGAAGCGGUGGACAAAAUGGUGGAUGAUUUGGAAGGGCAGAUUGCCAAGAGAGCACGCUACUCGAGAAGACGUACACACAAUGAUGAUGCAGAUAUUGACUACAUUAACGAGAGGAAUGCUAAGUUCAACAAGAAACUUGAGAGAUUCUAUGGAGAACACACUGCUGAGAUCAAACAGAAUCUGGAGCGUGGUACUGCCAUUUAAUAGUGAGAUGCAACCUGCAUAUUGAAUGCAAUUUAACUGUAAAUAGUAUUUUAUAUUAGCUAUUAGAACUAUAGCAUUUGCAAUACAAGUCUGAUUGCAUUCUGAGCUUGUUUAGUUGUAUUGAACAUUCUCUUUUGUUUAUAUUAGUUUACCAACCUUAGAUAGACUGUAAUUUGUUGUCAUACAAUAUUUUGGGUUGGAUCUGUUCAUAACUACAGAAAACAAAUAUGCCCAUGCCAAUAUAAUUAUUAGGAAGUGCUUGCUUGAAAAAAGAUGGAUUAUGUAGUGUUUACUCGUAAACUUAUUUCGUGACUUGUGUUUCUGACCAUAUUUGAUAUGACUAAUCAUAGGAUAUCAAUAGUUGGCUUGCGUAAGAGUAUGCUAAACUCACAGUUAUUCUAUGAUGUAAAAAAACAUCAGGAAGUUUUCUAAAGUGUUCAUAAUUUUAGGAAAUUAGAUUUAAAUUUUAAUACAGUUGUGGUUAAGAUUGUC